GCAUCAGUUCAACGGUUUCUAGCGAACGAUUCGAAACGUUUCCAGCAAUUUCUUGCAAUUGGCGGUGUGAGCUCUUAAGAACGCGAAGUACUCCGUGUGUGUGUGUAGCUACGAUUCAAAUCGAUUAAACAAGAACGUUCGGGUUCGUUGCGUGCUCUUCUUUGUGAACGAAAAAAAGCAUUUCCUUCGAGUGAAAAUGAAGUACUUCAUUGCCAUUGCUCUCCUCAUCGCUGCCGCACAAGCAGUACCCGUGGAAUAUGGCCACUAUCCCGCACCGAUUUUAGCGCAUGCGCCAGUCUUGGCACACGCUGUGCAUGCUGAACCUGUUGCAUACCCGAAAUACUCUUUCAACUACGGCAUUAAGGAUCCACACACCGGCGAUAUCAAAUCGCAAGCCGAAGAGCGUGAUGGCGAUGUAGUCAAGGGUCAAUACUCGCUGGUCGAACCCGAUGGCUCAGUGCGUACCGUUGACUACACUGCCGAUGAUCAUAACGGUUUCAACGCUGUCGUGCACAAGACCGCACCGAAAUUGAUUGCCCACGCACCAGUGUUGGCACACGCACCCGUCUUGGCACCAGCACCACUGCUGCAUCAUUAUUAAAUGAGCUGAUGAAGGGCUAGAGAGCGUGUAAAGGAUUUUGGAGUUGGUUGCGUGAGAAAUGAGAUCGUUUUGUAUUGUUGAGCAAUUUGGAUGUGAUUGUAAAGCUGGCCGUGACACAUAUAUAAUUUAGGCGUGAAAAAAAGACGAUCUUACAAGUGAGGAAUGCCAACUUUUCAACUUCAAACGCUACUCAGCCUUGCAACACUCUUGCACAUACACUUACCCACUCACAUACUCAUUGACUCACUCAAACUAUUUACUCGUUACAUUUAGCGAGUAAUUGCAUUUAAAGAAUAAAAUACUUACUUGUAAUUAGCGAUUUUAGUACAACGAAACGAUCGCCGAGCAAUCAGCAGAAAAGGAUUCAUUCAAAAGAGAAAGAUAGCAAUAAGGAUGAUUAAAUGACGCAAAAGCCAGGAGAAUAGAACAAACAAAUGGAAAAAUACUUUGUCUCUCUCUGUCUCUCACUCUCUCACACUCACUCUUUGUAGCUUAACACAUGUUUAUCGUAUACAGUUAUAUUAUUUUUUUAUAUUAAACAGAUAAUUUUGUAGUUAUAGACGAACAAGAAGUUGAAGAAGGAGUAGUUGUAGUAAUAGUAGACGAAAAUGGAGAUCAUCGUUCAUAUUAUGUAAUGUAGGAUCGUGCUUUCUUACGCACAAAACAUACACUUGCUCUCUCUUACAUCACUUUCCAACUAUUAAUAUUUCUCUGAACACUUCUUUUCUUACUUAAAGUUUUCUCUUUUUGCAACUUAAGAAGUGAAGUCUAUAAUUUGGAGCAUUCGUUUUUCUACAAGAGAGCUUUAAGUAGCUUUACGCUCGAAAUUCUGUAAUUUUUUAAAUGAUUGAAGCUCAAGAGACAUUUCUGUUUAAAAAUAGUUGAAAAAGACCACUUUCUCUCUCAAAAGCUACCUAAAACGCAUUUAGUAUCUUUCAGUACUACUUUUGUAAAAUAUUUAUGCACUCUCUUGCAACUGUCUAGCGCUCUUUAGUUAAAAAAGUGGUUGUUUCGAGCUUUUUUCGGUUUAUAAUAUUACAGAAUUUUUUUAAAGUUGCCACAAUUGUGUAUAGGAUUUUGUGACUCAGAGAGCGCUAGGAAAAAGUGCCAUCAGCUAGGUUUUUGAAAAAAGCACUCAAAAUUUUUGAGUACAAUUUCGAAAACACUCAAAAUGUUUGAGUAUAUUUCUCACUAAGCAACUAGCGCAUGAGUAAACAAUCACUCUUCUGCUCUCUCUCUUGUGGAAAUCACGCUCUUAGCUAUAAACUUCACUUCAUAUUGUCAUGAAAAGCUAAGAAAAUCGAAAAAAAUCCUUUAAGUGCAAUUCAUUGCCAAUAUAUGGAGCCGGUCAUAGUGCAUUAAAAAUUUAAGUGCCUCUCGCACUCUCUAUGCCUCUACUCUCUCUCUCUCCUUUUCACACUAUCGACUCUCAUUAACCCAACACUUGUCCUCAAUCUUGUCAUUUGCAUUUAAUGAUAUCUUUUAUAUCAAUUUAAUGAAGGUAUCUUUAGCUUACUUAUACUUACUUACAUACUCUCAACGCUGUUUAUAGUUAUGUUUUAAAUCUAAUAUUUACAAUUUCGCCUGUGUCGUCAUUUUCGUGACUUUUAUGAAUAGCCUGUUUUCAAUUAUUCGUAUUUCUCUCUGCACUCUCUCAUACGUACUCUCUGAAAACACCUCACUCACACUCGAAUUCUCUCAACUUGUCGUACUCUCACAUUUUGUGUCAUUCAUAAGCGCUCUUUUGUAUUAUAUCGACAUGUGUUUUUUAUGUAUUUGUAUUUUAAUUGUGUUUUUUUAAUCUUAAAUUUAAUUAUAAUCAUUUAUGAAGCAAUGGAAACCAACACACAUUUUACAUAUGUACUUUAUGAAUUUUGUAUAUGUUUGCAUGAGUGUUUGUGACAGCUUUGUGGCCAUAACCAAGCGGCCGACAAUGUUCUCCGACUCCAACAACAACAAUACAUACAUUAUUGUGCUGUACCUACGUUAGUUUUGUGUUUUUUUUGUAUAAAAUGUCUGCAAUGUAAUUUAAUGUAAAAUAUUUUCA